AUGGAAGCCUGGGCGGUGGUCGAACACAACCAACCGCUCCAAAAGAUCCACGAACCCCUCCCACAACUCCAGGGCAGCGAGGUCUUGAUCCAAGUCAGCCACUGCGCGAUAUGCCACUCGGACCUCCAUUUCUGGGAGGGCUUCUACGACCUGGGCGGAGGGAAGCGAUUCAACAUCAGUGAUCGAGGAGUGAAGCUGCCGCGAGCCAUCGGGCACGAAAUCGCCGGCGUGGUGGCGCAGCUGGGGCCUGACGCUGCCGCCGCCGCCGCCGGUGGUGGUGGUGAUGCUGGUGCUGAUGGUGGUAGUGGUGGUGGUGCUGCUGAUGCCGACGCCGUGUCCUUGGCCGUGGGCGACCGCAAGAUCGUGUACCCAUGGCUCGGCUGCGGACAGUGCCGCCGCUGCCUCCAGGGCGACGACCACCUAUGCGGCAGCCAGCGGUCGCUGGGGGUGAUGCAGCACGGCGGAUUCGCGUCGCACGUGGUGGUGCCGCACCCCAAGUACCUAGUCGACCCGGGCUCGGUGGACCCAGCGGUGGCAUGCACGUUUGCAUGUUCGGGGCUGACGGUGCUGAGCGCGCUGACCAAGAUCCUGCCGCUGGCGCCGACGGACCCGAUUGUGCUGGUGGGCGCGGGCGGGCUGGGCCUGGCGGCCAUCAGCGUGCUGCGGGCCAAGGGCCAUGCGUCGUCGGCCAUCAUUAGCAUCGACCUGAAGCCCGAGAACCGCGCCGCCGCCGUGAAGGCAGGGGCCGCUACCGCCCUGGAUGGAGGACAGCCGGGCCCCGAUCUCGCUGCCGACGUGCUCAAGGCUGCGGGCGGGCCGGUGCUGGGCGUGGUCGACUUUGUGAACAAUUCCAGCACCGCCGCGCUGGCUUAUGCCGUGCUGGGCAAGGGCGGCAAGAUGGUCCAGGUCGGCGUCAUGGGCGGCGAGCUGACACUGUCGCUGGUCAAUUUGAUCUUCAAGGGCGCCACUAUCAUGGGAAACAAUACCGGCAACUUGGCCGCCCUGCGAGAGGUCACGGAUCUGGCGAGGCAGCAGAAACUGGCUCCUAUUCCUGUUACUACUGUGCCGUGGGACCAGGCGAACGAGGCCUUGAUGCGGCUGCGCGAUGGGAAGGUCACGGGCCGAAUCGUCCUGGUGAGAUGA